AAUGUUUCUUCAGAACAUGGCGACGUCGUUCCAAAUUCGUGUGUAAAAACUCCAAGAUUUUAUGAAUUUGUUGGAAAAUGAGUGAGUUUUUCAAGUCGGCUAUUGAAUAUUUUAAUCCAGGAGCAAAUGGGGGCUAUGAGAAUGAGUUUGUUGGGCAAGUUGUUGAAGUUGGUGCUCUGAAAUUGCGAAUAAAACGUGUGAUUGCCGAAGGCGGAUUUGCGUUUGUUUACGUUGCUCAGGAUAUUCAUUCGAACGUUGAGUAUGCUCUCAAGAAGCUCAUUGGUGCAGAUAAGGCAGCUUGCAAUACAAUAAUAAAUGAAAUAAAUAUCCACAAACAACUAUCAGGACAUCCCAAUAUUGUGACCUUUGUAGCAGCUUCAUUUAUUGAUCGCACCCAAUCUGCCCAAGGAAAUGCUGAAUAUCUCCUAGUUACAGAGCUAUGCAAAGGAGGUUCUUUGGUUGACUGCCUGCAAUGUGCUCUGGAUCCUCCAACAGUUCUUCGGGUGUUUUAUCAAGCAGCUAGAGCAGUUAAACAUCUCCAUAGUCAACAUCCACCAAUUACGCACAGAGAUAUAAAGAUUGAGAACUUCCUUAUUGGAACUGAUGGACUCCUCAAGUUAUGUGACUUUGGGUCAUCUACGACGGAUGUUUACAAACCAGACAUGACUUGGUCUGCACAGCAGAGGAAUAAUCUGGAAGAUCAAUUAGCCACAGUGACAACACCAAUGUAUCGAUCGCCCGAGCAAUUGGACACAUGGUCAAAUUACGAAAUAGGACCCAAUACCGAUGUUUGGGCGCUCGGAUGUAUCCUCUAUGCUUUGUGCUUCCAAAAGCACCCAUUUGAGGAUUCUGCCAAGCUCAGAAUACUCAAUGCUAACUACACCAUUCCAAGUGAACAACGAUACGCUUGUUUCCAUGAUGUUAUCAAGGGAUGUCUUCAGGUUGACCCGAAUAGACGCUUUGAUAUAUCAACGGUGCUGGAGAGAUUAGCUGCAAUUGCCGAGACAAAAGAAUGGUCCCUAAAGGGGCAACUUGAUUUAAAGGGCAAACCCCUGCAUACACCGAACAAUGAGACACCGCACGCCAGUCCACACCAUGCUGCAAAUCGAGUAGCUCCACCACCACGUCCUGCACCACCACCUCAAGCAUCCCCCUUGCCAGUGCAUCGUCCUGCUCCACCACGUCCAAGUGAAGCUCCCCGGAAACCCGUUCAAAUGCCCCCAAACACCAAUCAUCCCCCAAUGGAUCCGUACCAGCAGCAGCAGCAACAUGGGGGAAGUGGAUUGUUCUCAUCUCUCCGUGGCGGUGCUGGGAGUUUUCUCAAAAAUCUCCGGGAUACUUCAUCGAAAGUCAUGCAAACGAUGCAGCAAACAAUUGCACGCACUGAUCUCGACAUUAGCUACAUUACAUCGCGAAUAGUUGUGAUGCCGUGUCCAUCGGAGGGUUUGGAAUCGGCAUACAAGACAAAUAACAUUGAUGAUGUGAAGAUCUUUUUGGAAAGCCGACAGUCACUUGCCAAGAUGAGUACGUACAAUUUGGGCCCUAGAACCUGCCCGCGACUUCCACCGCCUGUUCGCACGGUUGAAUGUGGUUUCAUGUACAUGCCAGCAGCUCCGAAGGCGCCCUUCUUGCACGCUAUGUACUCCAUUGCUGAAGAUAUGUAUGGGUUCUUGUGUACUGACCCGAAAAAUGUUAUAAUAGUUCAGAGUGCAGAUGGGGGGAAGGCAACAGCAGCUACAAUGGUGGCAGCCCUACUGAUUUAUGCGGAUCUUGUGAAAGAACCCGAGGAUGCAAUGCAGAUAUUUGCCGUAAAGCGUAUUCCACCAAAUAUGAAGCCAUCUGAGCUGCGAUAUUUGUACUAUCUAGGUGAUAUACUACGAUCUACACCGCACUUGCCACACUACAAGCCAGUCACGCUGAUUUCCAUUUCCGUGGCACCUGUGCCGCGUAUGACAAAGGCCCGCGACGGAUGUCGUAUGUACAUGGAAAUAAUGUGCCAUGAUCGAACGGUAUUCUCAACGAUUCAAGACUACGAUAAGAUGCACCUGUAUCAUGCUUCCGAGGGAAAGAUAUCCAUUCCUGUGAAUAUAACUGUGUGCGGUGAUGUAACAGUAUCGAUUUAUCAUGCGAGGAAUGCCCUAAAAGGCAUGGGACGCCCCCAAGGACUGAAAGUAUGUCAAUUCCAAUUGCACACGGGAUUCAUUCCGGAAGAAGAGACCCUAAUUGACUUUGAUAAGCCCGAUUUGGAUGAUGUACCGGACAUUGAGCAUGUUCCAGUGAGAUUUCACGUGUCACUAAGUAUUAUUGUGGGGGAUGCCGAGAAAUUGCCACAGAUAACACUACCGUGGUUAACGGCAAAACCACCGCGAGAUCCGCAAAAUCUCUUUAGCACAGCAUUAGAAUACGAAGAGGCUGUAGAUAAUUUUAUUUCUAAACCCGGUCGACCUAGUGUCCCAUCAUCAGCUGCACCACCACCUGCUCGUCCUCCACCACCACCACCCCAAGCAUCCGCGCAUGUACCACAGCAGCAAGCAUUCAUGCCCCCCAAUAUUCCAGUGGAACCUUCUGCAGCGGCAGAAGCACAAGAUGCAAUACUAACAGGCAUUGAUCUUCUCAAUGUGACUAAAAGUGAUUAUGACGAACCAGUGCAAGACUCAAAGAUAAGCACAGAAAAAAGUUUUGAUCUCUUGGGGAGCUUUGAUUCGGGUACAACAGCGGAUGUUUUGACAUCCAACGGCGGACAAUAUUCCAAUGGCACUCAGAAUGCAGUUCCGAAUCUUCUUGAGGAUCUCCAUCAUCCACAAUCUAGUCCAGCUUCGAUGCAUUUAAAGGAUUUGAAUUUUGACGUUUUCUCCUCCCAUCAGGGUGUUGCGCCAUCGAAGGCAAAUGAUGCUAAAUUCGAUCCCUUUGCCAGCAACUACAUGGAACCCACAGAGGUGCUGCAGCCACGAAAUGCCGAAGCGAAACCAAUGGAAAAGUCCCCAGAACAACCAGCAGCAGCUGUUGAUCCAUUCUCGGAUUUGGACAGCCUUGCGGGGGGAUUGAAUGCAAAUUGGGGACAGCGAAAGGCACCAACCCCAAGUCCACAGGCAACACAAUUCUCCAGUCCAACGCAUCAGUAUGCAGGAUCGCAGAAAGUUUCACCAACUCCGAGUCAGCAGACACACAAGAGUCCCGUUGAAUCGAAGGCUGACUACAGUCGUACGCACUUCUCGGAAACCUUCCAAACUGCGGAUAAUCAAAAGGCAAAAGGUGCAACUGGAGGGGAUAUAUUUGCAGACAUUCUCGGGAGUCAAGGAUACACGUUUGGUAGUAAGAAUUCACAAGGACCUCGUUCAAUUAAUGAAAUGCGUAAGGAAGAGAUAACAAAGGAUAUGGAUCCGGAGAAAUUGAAGAUAUUGGAAUGGACUGAUGGCAAGAAGAAUAACAUUCGAGCCCUUUUGUGCUCAAUGCACGUGAUACUCUGGUCGGAUGCAAAAUGGAACAAAUGCGAAAUGCAUCAACUUGUUAGUGCAGCGGAUGUUAAGAAGGCGUACAGGAAAGCAUGCUUAGCCGUACAUCCUGAUAAGCAAGUAGGAACUGAAAAUGAGAAUAUAGCUAAAAUGAUUUUUAUGGAGCUAAAUAAUGCAUGGAGUGAUUUUGAGAACGACAAAUCGCAACAAAACAUGUUCCAGAAUUAAUUAUAAAAUAAUUAAUUGAAUAAAUUAAUUAAAUAAAUUAUAAUUAAAACAGUGUAACAAAAACAAUACAAUAUUUACUCUGAAAUAAAUAAAAAAAAAUAUAUUAUAUUCCGUGUAAACGGCUUAAGUUGAAA